GUUGUCUGGCUGAGGAUUGUGGGCAGCUGCUGGGCUUGAGAUAAGAGAGGAAAAGAAAAAAAAUCCCAUAAGGUAGAGAGAGAAAGAAGAGAGAGAGAGAGAGAGAGAGAUGGGGAGAGGAAAGGUGGAACUGAAGAGGAUAGAGAAUAAGAUAAACAGACAAGUUACGUUCUCAAAGAGGAGAGGUGGAUUGGUGAAGAAAGCUCAUGAAAUCUCUGUGCUCUGUGAUGCAGAAGUGGGCUUGAUUGUCUUCUCCCAUAAGGGAAAGCUUUUUGAAUACUCAACUGAUUCCUGCAUGGAGAAGAUUCUGGAGCGAUAUGAACGAUAUUCAUACGCAGAGAGACGCUUGCUUGCUAAUAACUCUGAAUCAUCGGAAAAUUGGACGUUGGAAUACGCUAAGCUGAAGGCCAAGGUUGAGCUUCUGAAAAGGAAUCACAAGCACUACAUGGGAGAAGAUCUUGACACAUUGAGCUUGAAAGAUCUGCAGAAUUUGGAGCAGCAACUUGAUUCUUCUCUUAAACUAAUUCGAUCCAGAAGAAACCAAUUGCUGUACGAAUCGCUUUCUGAGCUUCAAAAAAAGGAAAGGGCGAUUCGCGAGGAAAAUAACAUGCUAGCAAAGAAGAUCAAGGAGAAGGAGAAGAGUGCUGCAGCAGCAGCGGCAGCACAACCACAGGCACCAUGGGAGCAGCAAAAUCAUCAAGUCCCUCCUGGCUCAUCAUCCUUCCUCUUUCAACAGCCAUCUCUUCCAGGCUUAAACAUUGGGGGGAGCUACCAAGGAGGAGAAGCAGCAGAUGAAGCAAGGAGGAACAACAAUGACCUAGACCUUAAUCUUGAUUCACUCUAUCCUCCAUGCCAUCUUGGAUGCUUUGCUUCAUGAACCAAUGAAUCUAUAUAUAAAAUAUAUUAUAUAUAGUACUAAUUAAGUAUGUUAUUAUUAAUGAUUUCAUCUGCCCUCCGUGUUCUGGGUAACUACCCUAUAUAUUCAAGUACUGUGCUGUAAGUGAAACUAAAUAAUUAAGACACAACAACUCUUCGGAGUUCCUGAUGAUGUUUGUGACAUUUGAACCUUAUGGUGUAUAUUAUUAGUUUUGCCUUCUUAAUUGAUUGUUUAAUGAUA